GCACUGUACGCAUUAUAACCUUAUUCAAUAUUUUCUCACUUGUUUCCCUAUCAUCUUUCUCUUUAGCAUCGUCGCUUGUUUUUCGUUUUUCGAGUUAAAUGUUACGCGACUUGUCGGUGUGCGUCUUAAAUUAAAUUUAUAGAGCAAACUUGUAAUAAUGCCCCCCAAAAAAGACGCUAAAGGUUCCUCAAAGCAGCCUCAAAAAACCCAGAAAAAGAAAGAAGGAGGUUCUGGUGGUAAAGCCAAGAAGAAGAAGUGGUCCAAAGGAAAAGUUCGUGACAAGUUAAAUAAUCAAGUUCUUUUUGACAAAGCAUCGUAUGAUAAGUUGUAUAAAGAAGUUCCAUCAUAUAAACUUAUUACUCCAUCUGUUGUUAGUGAAAGAUUGAAAGUUCGUGGAUCAUUAGCUCGUAAAGCUUUAGAUGAACUAUGUCAAAAAGGUCUUAUCAAACAAGUUAUACAACACCAUGCCCAAGUAAUAUAUACAAGGGUAACAAAAGGAGAUGAUUAAGCACAUUUUGUAAAAUAACUAUUUUAUAAAAUAUAAAAAAUGAAAAAAAAUUGUUUCCAUUAAUCA